AUGGAGAACGAUUUCAGAAAACUGAUUCAGGGCAGGGCUUUGCCGUUUAUCAUCGUUCUCAGUUUGGGAGGAUCCUUCCAGAUUGGUUGCCACCUCACGCUGAUCAGCUCUCCGUCUCCGCACAUCCAGGAGUUUAUAAACAGCAGCUGGACUCAGCGGUUUGGUGAAAGUCCAGGAGAAAACACACUCACAAUGAUCUGGUCAGCUGUGGUGGCCUCUUAUGGUUUCGGGGGAAUCUUCGGCUCUGUCAGCAUCCGCUGUGUCAUCAAUCAGCUGGGGAGGAAGAAAGCCAUGAUCUGGAACAACAUCAUCAACAUUGCAGGUUUGGCCGUCAUGUGGACCAGCAAACUCUCCAACUCGUUUGAGAUGAUCAUGCUCUCCCGCUUCCUGUUCGGCUUCACCUCAGGGUUAGGUGGGAACAUCCAUGUAAUCUACCUGGGAGAGAGUGCACCCAAGAAAAUCAGAGGCUUCGUGACGGUGACAAUGUCGACUUUUAUAGCCGUCGGGAAACUGGUGGGGCAGAUCGCGGGUCUGAGUGAGAUCCUGGGUCAGGAGCAAUUCUGGAACGUCCUGCUUUGCGUCCCUGCAUUUUUCUCGAUGAUUCAGAUGGUAACGCUGCCUUUCUUCCCUGAAGCGCCCAGAUAUCUACUGAUAGAGAAGAACAAUGUCGAGCAGUGUAAAAAAGCACUGCAGAGUCUGUGGGGCGCCGGCGAGUAUAAGCUGGAGAUCGAGGAGAUGCUGCAGGAACAGGCGGCUCUGAAAGGUGAAGGCAGUAAGAGUUUUCUGGAGCUGCUUAAGGAUGCACGGGUUCGCUGGCAGUGCCUCUCUCUGUUCGCCAUUAAUGAAGGCAUCCAGUUCUGUGGUGUGGCAGCUAUCAGCGUUUUUGCGUACAGCAUCUUUCAGGAGGCAGGGAUUCCUGUGGAUAAGAUCCGUUACGUCACCCUGGGCAUCGGGGUGUCUGAGGUCCUCACCACUAUCACAUGUGGUUUGUUGAUUGAGCGUGUGGGGAGAAGAGUUUUGCUUUGGGGAGGUUUUGGGAUCAUGGGGGUGAUCAUGGUGCUGAUCACCAUCACUCUUCAGCUAAAGGAUCAUGCUUUCUGGAUUCCAUACUGCACUGUCUGCCUUAUAUUUCUCUUCAUCAUCUGUUACGGAGGAGGACCAGCUGGCGUGUCGCCGUCACUCAGUCAUGAGAUGUUUGUCCAGUCCUAUCGUCCUGCUGCAUUUGUUUUCAAUGGAAUCCUGUUAUGGGGCAACUUUACCAUCUUCGGCUCGAUUUUCCCCUUUCUGUUCGGAUGGUUGAAGAACUUCAGCUUUAUGCUCUUCUCGUGUGUGUGUUUCGCUGUGUCUCUCUACAUCUUCCUGAUCCUGCCAGAAACGACGGGUAAAACCCCGCUGGAAAUCUCUGAGAACUUUCAAAACAUUCGGCUCCGUGGAUCUCCGAGAAAACGUCGAUGUUUGGAGACGAAGUUGUGAAAGAAUUACAGAACAGGACAGAGAGAGCUGUUUUAUUCCACACUGUGUUGGAACAGGGCUUUAAUCUAACAGUUGGCUAAUCAGGGGUCAUUUGGGUUCGUUUGGGUUCACAUGUACAUGUUAUUUAUAGAUAAUAUAGAUAAAAUAAAAGCUUUUAAAAAAUAUAAAUAAAAUCAGCUGUCUGUUAAAA